UAAAUCCAAUCUCCCGCGUUCCAAGUUAAGCGGAAAUAGAAAUCCUUCUUUUCUCUAUUUAAGCGCGCCAACAAAGGCUGUCCUAUAAGGUCUGUCUGUACUUUAUUCGCGGAAUAACAGACCGUUGUUUAUUGUCCUUUCCCGGCGUUUUUACUGCCUUUCUGAAGAUAUGCCAGAGGAAACGUCUGUCGCGUCGAGCUCUGAGAGUGCAGAGGAGAAGCCAUGCUCAUCGACAGCUGCUGCAGCAGGCAGCUCAGUUGAAGUUAUGGAGGAGGCAAAGAAACUGAUUGGCACAGGGAAAAGGCAUCUGGUGAUGGGGGAUGUUGUUUCUGCUGUCAGUGUUUUCCAGGAGGCCUGCAGCAUGCUGGCUGAAAAAUAUGGGGACACUGCAGAUGAGUGUGGCGAGGCCUUCUUCCUUUGUGGGAAAUCUCUAUUGGAACUUGCCAGGAUGGAGAACAGUGUCCUUGGUAAUGCCCUGGAGGGAGUCCCAGAAGAAUCGGAGGAAGAGGAGCAGCCCAGCAGCUCAAAUGUUGAGAGUGCAGACAACCUUGAUGAUGAUGACGACGAUGAUGAUGACGACGACGAUGAUGAAGAUGGAGAGAAAAAUGGGCAAGAUAAGGAAGAAGAGGAAGUUGGGAAUUUGCAGUUGGCAUGGGAAAUGCUAGAAGUAGCUAAAGUCAUCUACAAAAGAAAGGAAAGCAAAGAGGAUCAGCUAAUGGCAGCCCAGGCGUAUCUGAAACUUGGAGAAGUCAGUGCUGAAUCAGGUAACUAUCCUCAGGCACUUGAUGACUUCCAGGAGUGUCUUGCCCUGCAGCUGAAACACUUGCCUCCCCACAGUCGUCUGUUGGCUGAGACCCACUACCACGUUGCUACUACGCUCUGCUAUAUGGAUCAGUACAGCCAGGCCAUCCAGCACUACAACAGCUCCAUAAAGGUCAUUGAGACCCGUUUGGCCAUGCUGCAGGAGGUGAUCAAUGCAGCCGAAGGAGCGGAUGGAGCAGCAGAGGAGAAAAAUGAGCUGGACGAGCUGAAGCUGCUUUUGCCUGACAUCCGGGAAAAAGUGGAGGAUGCCAAGGAAAGCCAGAAAACAGCCAGCGCUGCCUCACAGGCCAUCCAGCAGACACUAGGUGGUGCAUCAACUUCAUCAGCAUUCCUUUGUGAAAAUGGCAGUACUUCAUCGGCAGCUUUUGCAACAACCAGCCAGGUUCCAGUUAAACCUGAGAGUGCCUCAUCUUCCAAAGCAGUCUCUGACAUCUCUCACCUCGUCAGGAAAAAGAGGAAACCAGAGGACGAGAGCCCAGUAAAGGACACUGAUGCUAAACAAGCGAAACAGGAAGCCACAGUUAAUGGCAGCGGUGACUCUAGUGCCAGCAACGGCAAUGGAGUCCAGGAGGGGAAAUCACAGGAGUCUACCACCCAGUCUGCAUCUGUCGAGUCCCCGGCGUGACUGUCUUCACCUCUUUACUGAUCUCAGAAACCAGCACAUCAUGCCUGUCCAGCCCCUAUACACCUUUCAGCACUCUUGUUUCUGUAAAUAAGAUCCAUUUUCAUAGAUUGUCUGUCAAGUUUUUGUAUACUUGUAGUAAAAAUAAAGAAUCUGCAAAUGUAA